GUGUCGCUGGGUGAUGACGUCAGUGCAGGAGCGAAUGAACGCCAUGGCGGCUCAUGCUAGCGAGCUGGAGAUCGCAAAGAAGAAUUUAACCGAUGCGAUCGGCGAUAACGUCAAACAUUACUGGGCAAAUCUGAAACUGUGGUUCAAACAGAAGAUCAGUAAGGAGGAGUUUGACGUUGAGGCCCGUCGUCUGUUGGCCCAGGAGAAUGUUCACAUUCACAAUGAUUUUCUCCUGGCCAUUCUCACACGCUGCCAGAUCAUCGUCUCCACGCCAGAGGGCACUGGAGCAUCACAGUGGCAAGGUGGCUCAGCCUCAAAACCUGGCAAACCAAAAGGGAAGAAGAAAUGUUCCACAAGACAGAAAUUUGAUCAUCGGUUCCAGCCUCAGAACCCUCUGAGCGCCGCCCAGCCCUUCAGCCCACGAGAGGCGGGAGGUGAGGAGGAGGAGCUGCGUCUCAGCGCCCACACGCUGCUGCUGCCCACGCGGGGCCAGCUCGAGGCCCGUAUGAUGGUGACAGCUUUUGAGCUGGGCCUGGACAACAUCACAGAUGACUCUGUCAGCACUAUGAUCCAUGCUGUGGAGCAUCACCUGAAAGACGUCCUGACAGCUGUAAUCACCCGGAGGAAGGCGUAUCGGCUACGGGAUGGUCAUUUCCCUUACGCCUUUGGCAGUGAUGUCACGCCGCAGCCUUAUCUGAAAAACAGCCUCGCUGCUUACCACAGUGUCACUGAAUGUCCUCCUCCAAGUGCUUCUCUCCCUGCUGGUCCACCACCUCAAGUGUCACCUGAUGAGGCUGAACAACAAGCUGUCCACUUGUUGGCUUGUUCUGCCGACAUUCUUCCGAUGCCUCUCUCUCCAAUCAGCUUGUUCGAUCUCCUGGAGGCGUUGCAGGUUCACCAUGGCGUGAUGCCCUCCCACACCAUGUAUGCCCUCAACAUGGAGCGCAUCCUGUCGCGGCUCUGGCAUCCGAGCCACGAGGAACUAGAACAAGACCACGUCCACCGGCAGCGGCUCGCUGGGAAAGAGGGCAUGCACGUCAGCUGAGGAGUCCUGACGCAGGACUGUGCAUAAACUGUGGAUAUCAUCAGGAACCAAAUGCGAUUUCCACCUCAAUCACAAAUGGACCAGCUACAGUGUGUUCAGAAAAAAACAUAGAAGACCUGACAUUUUUCGUAUAUGUUGCACAGGAAAAGGAUGAGUGCAGCAGGAUGAAAGAAGAUAUUUGGAUAGUGGACACAGAGUGGGCCGUCAGCACCUGCUAACAGCCAAUCCCUGACAAAUUAGCACUGUAGCUGCUUUAUUCUUGUGUGUCCAGUCAGACAAGUUGGGGGUCGACCAGCCAUAACUUUAAAUUCUGUCAUACAGUGAGAUUCUAAAUGUGAGGAUGUUAUAUUUGCGUUUGAUUUAAAUGCAGCUAUAAGAGCGCUGAUUAGACCUCAUGUUAGGCUGAAGUUGGGGUCAACGCUAUGGUGAUCUUUAUGUCUAAUUUAAUGGGCCAAUCAGAAUGAUAGAGAUGUGUACAGCCUCCUUUAAAGAUGUCAGUCAAGCAGUUUGUAUUACAUCCUAAGAGGAGGUCUAGUCGAGGAGUAGCUGAAAACAUCUCUUUCAUUUUACUGUGGGUGAGUUGGGUCUUUAUCAUCCACAUGGGUAAAGCUAACUCCUUCAUAAACCUGCAGUGACGAAUUUCCUGCGACUCUCCGAAGUGUCCCUCGGUGUCGGUGGUCCACAUUGUUUGUGUGUGUUCGCCGCGUUUGUUUAGUACAGGGUUCAAAUUUGUAUAAAUUUGUAUCUUUUUCUACACAAAUGUUGUUUGUAUUUGGUUAAUUUUACAGACAGCACUUUAUGUAAAUAAAACAUGAAUCUUGUUUUUUA